UCAAAUACCCUACUCUGAUCUCUCCCUCCUUUCCCCUUCUCACACGCACACCAGAGGCUUCAAUUUUCAAUUGCACGGUGAACUCGGCCAGUACAAUCUCAAAUUGCGUAACCAUUUUCUUUACUUUCAUUAAUAGUUAAUUCCCAUCUUUCUAAUCACAUAAAUCAACAAUAGAGUUUGUAGAGAAAUGGAGGGAUGGAGAUUUGACGAAGCCGGAGGCGGCGGCUCCGGCUCCAGCUCCAGCUCUCAGACCUCACCUCCUCCUCGUCCACCCAAUUACUCUUAUUCCCUAGUCCAGCUGGGGAGCUUAUAUCCCCUAUAUUUGCAGGCAGCAUUGGAACAUUUGGCAUCAAUUGAUCCAAUUGAGUUGUGCAGUGAAGCUAAAGUUGAGCGAUGUCGGGCAACUAGGGAUCUGAGAAGUUGUGGACGCAGCGUACAAAGCGUUUUGAUAUCUUGUGGCCAUGCCUCCUUAUGUGAGGAAUGUAGUCAGCGAUGCGACAAUUGUCCAAUAUGUAGAAAUCCCUUGCCAAAGGAUGGAAAUAGACUCCAGCUUCGCCUUUACUAUGAGUGUAUAGAUGCUCGUCUUAUCUCCAAAAGGUGUGAUGACAGGUUGCAGGAUAAAGAUUAUAGGGAGGAUCAAUUGAUUGCAGAUGUUCAAAGGCUUUAUUCUCUAUUUGAUGUCUCGUUGGAGAAUAAUUUGGUUUCUCUAAUCUGCCACUAUGUUACAGAUGUUUGCAUGGAUGAAACUGCUGUCUCCAGUGAUCCUGUUAUUGCCUUCUUGCUUGAUGAGAAGGUUGUUAAAGAUUGGUGCAAAAGGGCAUUCAAAAACAUUCUAACGCAGCUUCAAGCAAUAUAUAACCUUACGUCCCUAGAGAUGAAAGAGAGUUUAAAUUUGCUUCUGAAAAUAUCUGUGAAGCUAGCUGGUAUAUCCACGGUUCUCGAGGUUUUGGAAUCAUCCUUUAAAGGUUCUUUUUCAGCAAAGCUUCAUGAUUUGCAUCAUCUUCAAGAGAGUACACUAAAGACAAAACAGCACAUGGAGAUUAUAAUUUGGUGUAUAAGACAUCAAUUUUUGGAGAACGUAAGAUCUCGGCAUUCCGAUUUUGCGUCGUGGUGUUCGCUUGUUCAAGAUAGGAAAUCAGCAGCCAGUAAGCGUUCAUGGCCUGACUUUUAUUUGAAGACAGAGUCCAGCAGACAAAGUUGUUCUACCCUUUUCAUUGAGGAAGCACUUUCAAAUCUUGAGACAGAUGGAGGAAAUAUGGAUAAUGAUAUAGAAGAGUUAUCAAUUGCAUCUUUGCAGAAAGAUGGAGGCUCUUUACUUUCCGGGUUGAAGUUACUUGGAAAGGGAGGGUUCUAUCCUUUCGAAACUCUUCGAGCUGCUGCUGACUCGCUGUUCUUACAAGGAAAUUCUGAUAUGGUGGUUGCAAAGCAAGCAAUAUUCUUGUAUUACCUAUUUGAUCGGCAGUGGACAGUGCCUGAUGAGAAAUGGAGAUACAUUGUUGAUGACUUUGCUGCCACUUUCAGCAUAACCAGGCACUCCUUGCUGGAAUCUUUUACCUUUUAUCUUCUGGAUGACCACACUGAUGAAGCUCUGCAGGAAGCCUCUCGCCUUCUUCCUGAAAUUGCAAGCCCAACAAUUCAUCCCAAGGUUGCACAGGCUCUCUUAGAGAGACAGCAACCUGAUGCAGCUCUCAUGGUUUUGAGGUGGUCAGGACAAGAUGGUGGAGCUUCAUUAGUUUCACUUGGGGAGGCUGUUACUGCAGUUCGAGUCCGGGUGGAAUGUGGGCUUCUAACAGAAGCAUUUUUGUAUCAGAGAAUGGUAUGCACAAAGGUCAAGGAUAAGAAACUGAGGGAUGCUUUAGAUAAGGUAAAAGAUGACUGCCGGGAUUGGGUACUCUGGGUGGAGGCAUUGGUGACUGAAAUUUGUUGUCUUUGUAUUUGGAGAAACUUGGUUGAUCAUAUCAUUGAAUUACCUUGGAAUCCUGAUGAGGAGAAACAUCUUCAUAAAUGCCUAUUAGAUUUUGCUAUGGAUAAUCCGUCAAAGGCUAUUGGAGGUCUUCUUGUGGUUUUCUAUUUACAGCGUCACAGGUACAUUGAGGCGUUCCAAGUGCAUUGUACACUUCAGAAGGCAGAGGAAGACUUCAUUUCAAAAAAUUCAGUCGGUGAAGAAGACUCAUUUAAAAUAAGGUCAAAAAGUCAUUGGAGAACAGAAUUAGUUCGGAGAGGCACUGAGUUGUUGCCAGAUAUCUUACAACAAGAAGUGAAGACUGGAAAAAUUCCUGAAGUUGACGUUUCUAGUCAUAAUGAAGCCAAUAUUCCACCAAAAUCUGAUCUCCCUCAAGUACAAGGUCCAAUCUUGAGUAGUUUUUUAAUUCCUUCAGCCAUUGAUUCUUCCCUUGCUGGGAUCACGGACAUUGCUAGUCCUCCCUUGAAACUUCCAGUUCUUCAAACUCCAAAAAUUGGUGGACCUCUUAAUAUUUCUAGUUUUGGCAUCGGAAAUUUUAGCUCCUCUACUGCCUCAACAAAUUUUUUCAACAGGGCAAAUAAAGAACUCAACACUGGAAGGGUUUUUGGAGUUCUUCCUAACUCUGAUGACAUUUCAAUUUCUGCAAAUCCUUUAAAUCCUCGAACUGCCUCCUCACUUAAAGAGUUCAACAGAACAUCAAGUGUUCCUCGAAAUAGCAUUUUCCAAAAUAAUCAAAGGAACAAAAUUUAUCCAGAGAGAUCACAAAAUGGCUCGGUUGACCAGUUGCAAUUUUCGAGUUCAUUUUUCACCAGGGCUGCUGCUAAUCCUGUCACGUCGCUUGGUAGCAACCAUAGCUUGUUCUCAGAACUCGCUCAAGAUUUAGACCAAAAUAUCUACGAUAAGCAUUUGCUGCCAGACACAGCUGAUAGACCUUGGAUACCACCCCUGAAUAAUUUAGUGGACACGCCUCGGAGUCAUGAAGCAAAGGACUUUCCUUUUGGGAACAUAAAUCCUAAUGGUGGACCGCGGUGGAGAUCUGAUGACACGAGUGAUGAUGAAGACCAUACCAGUCCUAGUAGACUUGCCAGAAUGUCACCAUAUACAACUUCCACCCGUAGAAUUAGAAAAAGCCGAGGCAUCAGACCAUGAAGAUUUUGGUGAGAGAUUACUUGAAGGGGAACAUUUAAAUAUGCAUAUCAUUAAUCAAAAGUUGAAUAUCUGUCUAAAGUCGGGCUGUGAAAUUGACAAAGAAUUUGUUGUAUUACUUCUUGUCAUGUUUAUUACAGUACACAUGGAUUUGAGUUAUUAUCAGUAUAUCAAUCCAGGACACAGUUUUGUGUUGUGAUGUUAGUUAA